AUGGCAAAAGGCCAUUUUAUUGCAGCAAUCAUCGCCGCCGCCAUCUUUUCACCAGUUGCUGAUGCUGUUUCGCCACAGUCGUAUUCAUGGAAAAAUGUCAAAAUAGGAGGAGGGGGAGGAUUUGUUCCGGGUAUCAUUUUCAACCCAUCGCAAAAGGGCCUCGCUUUUGCUCGCACUGAUAUUGGUGGUGCAUACAAACUCAAUGCCGACGAUUCUUGGUCACCUUUGCUCGACUUUGCCGACAACGCACGCUGGAACUACUGGGGAAUUGACGCUUUGGCGACAGACCCUGUUGAACCAAAUCGAUUGUAUUUGGCCACCGGAAUGUACACAAACUCCUGGGAUCCCAAUAACGGUCAAAUUUUGAUAUCAACAGAUACAGGUACAACGUUCACGCCUUCCCCAUUGCCGUUCAAAGUGGGGGGAAAUAUGCCUGGUCGUGGAAUGGGAGAGCGUCUUGCCAUUGAUCCCAACAAAAACAGCAUCCUCUUUUUCGGUGCUCGCAGCGGUAACGGCCUUUGGAAAUCGACCAACUUUGGUAGCACCUGGACGAAGGUGUCGACUUUUACUAGCACAGGAACAUACAUACCGGAUCCAACCGACACCAGCGGAUACAACAGCGACAAGAUUGGAAUAUCGUGGGUCACUUUCGACAAAACGUCUGGAACAUCGGGUUCCGCUACUCCGAGAAUUUUUGUCGGCGUUGCUAGCAAAGGGUCAAACAAUGUUUUUGUUACAAACGAUGGUGGAAAUACCUGGUCUGCCGUUGCUGGUCAAAAUACAACUUACCUUCCACAUAAAGGUGUCUUAUCACCUGCAGAAAAGGUUCUUUAUGUGUCUUACUCUGAUGGAGCGGGCCCAUACGACGGAACUUUGGGUGCCAUCUCUAAAUACGAUAUAGCCUCUGGGAUUUGGACUGAUAUUACACCAGUCUCUGGAAGUGACUUGUACUUUGGCUUUGGUGGAGUGGCUGUCGAUCUUCAGAAGCCUGGCACGAUAAUGGUUGCAGCACUAAACUCAUGGUGGCCUGACGGCCAAAUAUUCCGUUCCACAGAUAGCGGUGCAACCUGGUCUCCACUUUGGGCGUGGGCAAGCUAUCCAGAUCUUAAUAAAUAUUACGGUUAUUCUGAUACUCUUGCCUCAUGGCUUGGUCCAAAUUAUCAAGUUACUACACUCGGAACACUUCAAAUCGGAUGGAUGAUGGAAUCACUGGUUAUCGAUCCCUUCGAUUCUAACCAUUGGCUUUAUGGGACUGGAGCAACCAUACAAGGCGGGCACGACCUUCUCAAAUGGGAUACCACUCAUAAUGUCACAAUCCAGUCAUUAGCGGACGGUAUUGAAGAAACAUCUGUACAAGGAUUGAUAUCACCACCUACUGGUCCAUCCCUUCUUUCAGCUGUUGGAGAUAUUGGAGGGUUUGCCCAUGUAUCCUUAACCAGUCCACCCACGACAGGGUUUAUAAACCCAACAUGGUCGACGACUGCUGAUCUAGAUUUUGCUGGAAACAAGCCAACCACUAUCGUCCGCAUUGGUACAGGCGACAGCACCUCUGGUAAACAAGUCGCCCUCUCCACAGACUCAGGUGCUACCUGGUCUCAGGACUACGGUGCUGCUGACAACGUGUCAGGCGGGAAGGUUGCGCUUUCUGCCGACGGUGACACCGUUCUUUGGCGUACUAGUAGCAAUGGUGUUAUGGUCUCACAGUAUACCAACCCGUUUACUGCUGUCCCAUCUCUUCCCUCAGAUGCCAUGAUUGCCUCCGACAAAAAAAACAAUAGCAUUUUUUAUGGUGCAUCCAAAGCUUCGUUCUACCUGUCGACGGACGGAGGGAAAACCUUCACUGCCAAAGGUUCAUUAGGAUCUUCCACUGCACCUGCCAAGGUUGUUGUUAAUCCAGGAGUCACUGGCGAUGUUUGGAUCUCGACAGAUAAAGGCCUUUUCCACUCCACCGAUUCUGGGGCAACGUUUUCUGCUGUACCCGGUGUUUCUCAGGCAUGGGCAAUCGCUCUUGGCGCGCCUGCAAAAACCGGAGGAUAUCCCUCCAUCUUUGCCGCUGCUGAUAUUGGAGGCGUAGGCUACUUUAGAUCGGAUGAUCAAGGUGCAAACUGGGUACAGAUCAACGACGCUAGUCACGGAUUUGGUUCAGCUUCUUCGAACUGUCUUACCGCUGAUCCCCGCAUCUAUGGCCGAGUAUACAUUGGAACCAAUGGUCGUGGAAUAUUUUAUGGUGACGCUGCUGGCGCCUCACCCGCUCCUUCUUCGACAGUCUCAACGAUUCCUUCAUCUACAACGAAAACCACCACGAGCACGACAAAGACAACCACCACUUCGACGAAGACGACAUCGUCAAGUGUCUCUACGACCAAAACAUCGACAACGACAUCCACCAGUCCAACGUCUACUACCAUUGUUGCUGGAGACACCUAG